AUGGCGUAUCUCGCACCAAUCCACAGGCCCUCGAGCAUUAGGCAUGCUCUGAAGCUAUCAUUUACAUCGCCUGAUGCAGAAGACUUGGUUGUGGCAAAAGCAAACAGGCUGGAGAUAUGGAGGGCAAGUCCUGGCGAUACCACCUUAGUCCUCCAGCAUUCGAAGGCGAUAUACGGCAAGGUGACUUUGCUGCACAAGCUCCGACCCGCCACGAGCCAGACAGAUCAUCUGUUCGUCGGCACAGAUCGGUACAACUACUUCACCCUCAGCUGGGAUGGCGAACGGCAAGACCUCAAGACCGAGAAGAGCAUGGUCGACAUUGCCGACAAGGCAGCAAGAGACAGCCAGACAGGCGAUAGAGUGCAUAUUGACCCCACGAGUCGAUUCAUGACUUUGGAGGUCUAUGAAGGCGUCGUAAAUGUCCUGCCUAUCGCACAUGCUGGUAAGGGCAAGCGAAAAGCCGCCGAUAAUGAGAUUGGAGAAUUGGGAGACCCAAUCCAAGUCAGGAUACCAGAGCUGUUUGUGAGAAGUAGCUGUUUUCUCUAUCGACGAGAUACUGGACCUCGAGGAAAGACAGACCCCAUGUUUGCAGUUCUAUACGAGGACAGCAAGAAUCAGGUCCGAAUAAAGAUCAGAGAGCUGGAGUACUCACCCAGUCUGAGGCCGAACGAGGAGCCAGCUACUGCCGAACUAGAGAAGGGCGUCGAUGUCACCGGCUCAUUAGAAAUGGGCUCAAGUUUCAUGAUCCCGCUCCCUGCACCCACAUACGGUCUCCUAGUCGUGGGCGAAACCAGGAUAACAUAUGUUGAUGAGUGGGAGCAUAAGGUGCAGGACUCUCAACCGCUCGAAGAUGCAACAGUGUUUGUGGCCUGGUGCAAACUGGACGAGCAACGAUAUAUACUAGCAGACGACUACAAGAAGCUCUACUUACUCAUGGUCAAUACCUCACCACAUGGAGACUAUCAAAGCUUGGAGAUCGACGUGCUUGGCGAAACUAGUCGAGCAAGCACACUGGUCUACUUGGACGAAGGUCGAGUAUUCGUCGGAAGCCAUCAGGGAGACAGCCAAGUCAUUCAAAUUUCACCCAAGCGGAUAGACGUGCUGCAAAGCUUUCCUAACAUCGCACCAAUCUUAGACUUCACGGUCAUGGAUAUGGGCAAUCGAAGCCUUGACGCACCCGUUAAUGAGUUCUCGAGUGGACAAGCAAGGAUAGUCACUGGUUCUGGAGCCUUCAAUGAUGGAAGCUUGCGGUCUGUGAGAUCCGGUGUCGGUCUCGAGGAUAGAGGAAGCCUUGGUGACCUUGGUGCACCAAUAUCAUCCAUCUUCAGCUUGCGUACCAGUGCUGCAGCCCAAUAUGUCGACACCCUCAUUGUCAGUCAUGUCUCGCACACCAAUGUGGUGGUGUUUACAGAAGACGGAGAUAUUGAAGCAAGAGACUCAUUCCGCGGCUUUGAGCUCAAAGAUGCCACAUUGUUCGCAGGGGAUCUACGUGACGGACGCGCAGUACAAGUGACUAGCUCGUCGGUGCUACUUACUGAUUCCGAAGGCGACAUGGUCACUGACCGCUGGCAAGCGCCAAGCGGGACGUCUAUCACAGCGGUGGCGGCUGAUGGCGAGAAGAUUCUCGUCUCGCUUCAAGGAGCAGUAUUAGUAGUCCUGGAUCUCUCGGCUUCCAACAUCCAAGUGCAAGCCGAGCGGAAGUUCGGAAGCGAAGAGCAAGUCUCGUGCAUAGCGCUUUCACCAUCAAUACCCAACGCGUGCGUAGCCGGCUUCUGGAAAGACAGCAAAGUCUCAUUCCUUUCCUUGCAGGACUUGCAGCCAACUGCCAGCGAGCGAGUGGCAGAGGAAGAGUCUUUGGCAGUGCCAAGGUCGCUGAUUGUGGCAAACAUAUUGAAGGACCAGCCAGCAACGCUCUUUGUAGGUCUCGCAGACGGUAAUGUGGUCACUUACAGCGUCACAUCAGCGCAGCAACCAUUCUCGGCACGGAAAUGCAUCAUACUUGGCACACAACAAGCCAACUUCGCAGCUUUACCACGAGCCGACGGGUUACAGAACGUCUUUGCUACGUGUGAGCAUCCUUCACUGAUUUACGGUUCGGAUGGACGACUCGUCUACUCUGCUGUCACAGCAGAGAAUGCAACAUGUAUAGCAUCCUUUGACAGCUUCGGCGACUAUGCAGGUGCUAUCGCCAUCGCCACAACUGAUGAGAACGGCGAGAAUGAGCUCAAGCUCGCCGUCGUUGAUGAGGAGAGAACAACCCACGUGCAAGAUCUGUUCAUUCAUGAGACGGUACGACGAAUUGCAUAUUCGGCGGAGCUGAAGGCGUUCGGCCUUGGCUGCAUCAAGCGUACCCUUUCCGCAGGCAAUGAAGAGGUCGCAUCGCACUUCAAGCUCGUCGACGAGGUUGCCUUCAAAGAGCUUGAUACAUGGGCACUGAAUGAAGAUGAACUCGUCGAAUGCGUAAUCAGGUGUUACCUCGAUGAUGGCUCAGGCGAGGAGGCUGAGCGAUUCGUCGUUGGUACCGCAUAUUUGGACGACCAGGACGCAAAUAAUGCCAAGGGACGAAUACUGGUACUCGAGAUCACGGAAGACCGGCGCAUCAAGCUAGUCACUGAGCUCGCAGUACGUGGUGCCUGCCGCUGCCUUGCAGUCUGCCAAGGCAGAAUCGUCGCUGCUCUCGUGAAGACGAUCGUGGUAUACGACUUCGAAUAUCAGACACCGUCUACACCUGCUCUCACCAAGAAAGCUUCCUACCGAACAGCCACAGCACCAAUUGACAUCUGCGUCACCAACAACACAAUCGCAGUCACCGACCUCAUGAAAUCUCUCUCCCUACUCGAAUUCAAAGCUGGCCGUCAAGGCCAACCCGACACCCUCAUCGAAAUUGCCCGUCACUUCGAAACACUCUGGGGCACAGCCUGCGCCCGCGUCAGUGAGAACACCUACCUCGAAUCUGACGCUGAAGGCAAUCUCAUUGUCCUCCAACACGACAUCAACGGCUUCUCCCAAGAAGACCGCCGCCGUCUCCGCGUCACCUCAGAAUUCCUCCUCGGGGAAAUGGUCAACCGCAUCCGUCCCAUCACCGUCCAGCCCUCUCCCGGCGCCGUCGUCACCCCACAAGCUUUCCUCGCCACCACCGAUGGCAGCAUCUACGUCUACUGCGAAAUCGGAAAACCUCGGCAGGAUCUUUUGAUGCGGAUGCAGACUUUGAUGGCUGAUAUGGUCAAGAGUCCUGGUGGUGUGAGGUUUGCGAAGUUCAGAGGGUUCAAGACGCUGGUCAGGGAUAUGGGUGAGGAAGGUCCGGUGCGAUUUGUGGAUGGGGAGUUGAUUGAGAGGUUUUUGGAUAUGCCUGAGGUCUUGCAGAAUGAGGUUGUCAAGGGUUUGGAUGGGACGGGGGUGGAUUUGGAGGGUUUGAGGGGGAUGGUGGAGGGGUUGAGGAGGAUACAUUAG